CCGCGCUGGGGCGGACUGGGACGGACUGGGACGGACUGGGACGGACUGGGAGCCGCCGGGAGCGAGCGGGAGCGCCGCGCAGGAGCCCAGGCGUCCGGCCAUGAGCGACCCCCCCGACCCCCCCGGGGGCUGCACCAUGGACGAGCUGCUGCACCGCUGCAUCGAGGCCUUCGACGCGGAGGGGAAGGUGCAGGACCCCCAGCUCGUCCGCAUGUUCCUCAUGAUGCACCCGUGGUACCUGCCCUCCCCCGAGCUGGCCGCCAAGCUGCUGCACAGGUUCGAGGAGGCGCGGGGGGGGCAGGACAGCGCCGCGCUGCGCGUCAAGAUCUGCCACCUCGUGCGGUACUGGCUGGCGGCGUUCCCGGCCGAGUUCGCCCUCAACCCGGCGCUGCUGGGCCGGAUCCGGGCGCUGAAGGAGGCGCUGGGCGAGGGGGGGGGCGCGGGGCCCUGCGCCCUCAUCGACCUCCAGCACCUCCCCCCGGAGCAGCGGCCGCGGCAGGCGACGCAGCCGGAGGGGCGGAAGAAGCGGAAAAUGUCGCUGCUCUUCGACCACCUGGAGCCGGCGGAGCUGGCGGAGCACCUGACGCUGCUGGAGCACCGCGCCUUCCGCAAGAUCCUCUUGCAGGACUACCGGAGCUUCGCGGCGCGCGGCUGCACCGCCGACUCGCCGGUGCUGGAGCGGUUCGUCGCCCUCUUCAACGGCGUCUCGCGCUGGGUGCAGCUCAUGGUGCUCAGCAAGCCCACGGCCGCCCUGCGCGCCCACGUCAUCGCCCGCUUCGUCCUCGUCGCCCAGAGGCUGCUGCAGCUGCAGAACUUCAACACGCUGAUGGCCGUGGUGGGGGGGCUGGGGCACAGCUCGGUGGCCCGGCUGCGGCACACGCUGGCCCUGCUGCGCCCCGACACCGCCCAGCUGUGGGAGUCGCUGACGGAGCUGGUGAGCUCGGCGGGCAACUACGGGCGGUACCGGCGGCGGCUGGCGGCGAGCGGGGGCUUCCGGCUGCCGGCGCUGGGCGUCCACCUCAAGGACCUGGUGGCCUUGCACGUGGCGCUGCCCGACUGGCUCGACGGCGCCCGCACGCGCCCGCACCCCGCCAAGAUGCGGCAGCUCUUCGGCAUCCUCGGCGAGCUGGCGCUGGCGCGGGGGCUGCGCCCGCCCGUGCGCGGAGACCCCGACCUCCUCAGCCUGCUCACGGUGUCCCUGGACCAGUACCCGACGGACGACGAGCUCUACCAGCUCUCGCUGCAGCGCGAGCCCCGCGCCGCCCACGCGAGCGGCCCCCCCCCGGCGCUGCCCCCCGGCCCCCCCCCGGCGCUGGAGGACUGGGCGCUGGACGUGAAGCCGCGGCCGGACCCGGAGCUGCUGCGGGCCCACGUGGAGAAGAUGGUGGAGUCGGUGUUCAGGGCCUUCGACGUGGACGGCGACGGGCGGCUCUCGCGCGCCGAGUUCGAGUCCAUCCGCGGCAACUUCCCCUACCUGUGCGCCUUCGCCGAGCUCGACGCCGACCGGGACGGGGCCAUCAGCCGGGAGGAGAUGCUGCGCUACUUCCUGCAGGCCAGCGAGGGCCCGGGGGGGCCGGGGGGGCCGGGGGGCGGGGGGCACCGCUUCGAGGCCAGCGGCCCCCUGCGCCCCGCCGCCUGCCGCCACUGCCGCAGCCUGAUCCUGGGCAUCUACAAGCAGGGCCUCAAGUGCCAGAGCUGUGGGCUGCGGUGCCACGCGCAGUGUCGCGAGCGGCUCCGCGUCGAGUGUCGGCGCCGCACCCGGAGCGUCGGCGGCGAAGCCCCCCCGGCCCCCCCCGGCGACGGGGCCCCCCCGGCCCCCCCCGGCCGCUCCUGCAGCUUCUCCCUGCCGCCGCCCCGGCGGCCCUCGCUGCCCCCCCCAGAGCCCCCCCGGGACGAGGACACGCAGGCGCUGGAGGACGGCGUCUUCGACAUCCACCUCUAGGCAGGGUCUCCCGAUCUCCGGCUCUUCCCGACCCCGCUGGACCCGGGACCCCCCGGACGCCUGGGCCCUCUCCGCAGCGGGGGGUGACGGGACCCCCGGACGCCUGGGCCCUCUUGGGGGGGGGCGGGGGGGGCUGCUUGUGCUUGUACCGUGAGAAUAAACCAUGCGUCCGCC